AUGGAUAUUGAAAAAGAAAGGAAUGAUGAUAGCUUUAGAAGCGCUAGUAAAGCGUUUGCUACUAUGACUGCUGGUUGUCUGGGUUCUGGUAUUGUAUUUUUAACAUAUGGCAUGAAGAUGGCAGGUUUUAUUCUUGGUAUUUCUACAUUAAUUAUUUGUGCAAUAUCUGCAAUUAUUACCCAUUCAAUAUUUGUUGUUGGAUCUCUUGAAAUAGGAGCAGUAGAUUUAUCAUCUUUAUUGGUACGUACUAGUGCUCUUCAUACUCUUAGAAAAUUUAUUAGAAAGAGAAGUGAAUUAUUUACAAAAGAAUAUUUAUUAGCAAAUUCAACUGAUAUAAUUCUUUCUAAUGAUGAAAUUAGUGAAAUGAGAUUAAAUAUGAAAUUUCAUUUUAAAGCUAUUUCUAUAAUUUGCUUCUUAUCUAUGGCUUAUGCUCUUCCAGUAUAUUUUAUAUUAUUAAGAAGUUUUACUAUAGAUUUAUUAACACAUGCUACUUUCAGUUAUCCAGAAAUAAAAUUUUUGGAAUAUUUAAAAAAUGAAUAUAUACUUUCAAUUAUAUUUUUAUUUAUUGUUAUACCUUUUUCAAUAAAAUCUAAAGUUUCAGAUUUAGAUUUCUUGGGAUGGUUUUCUGUAUUGUCAUUUUUUAUUCUUGUAAGUGCAGUAUUUUUCAGAUCUAUAAUUAUUCCUUAUGAUGGUCCAAUGCCUCCAAUUAUGGGUCCAACAGCAUUAUUACCUUCGCAUGGAUUUUUUGAAGCAUCUAAAAUGUUUUCUUUUGCAACAUAUGCAUUUCUUUGUCAUUGUCUUGUGGUACCUGCUGUAUUAAAUGUCAAGAAAUGUAGUUCAAAACGUUGUAUUUAUGUAAUUUCUGCUUCUAUGAUAUUUUUAUUAUCUUUUUCAUUAUUAAUGACAAUAUCUGCCUAUUAUACUUUUGGAGAAGCAACUAUGAAUAAUAUUACCCAGAAUUUUUCUCCUUGUGACCAUAUAAUGGGAUUUUCACGUAUUUUGAGUUGCAUUUCUCUAUGUGUUAUUAUACCUCUUUUUACUAUAUCUCUAUCUAAUUUUAUAAUUAAUGAUAUUGGUCUUAUUAAUUAUAUGUCAGAAUUAGCAAUAGAAGAUGUAUUCCAAGUACUUUUUAAGGAUAGGAAUCAACAUGACUAUACUUUGUGUGUUAAAUUAAGUAAUUCAACAGAAUCAACAAUGACAUCUAUUUAUAAGGAGCUUUAUAAAUAUAAAGCUAGAAGUUUGGAUUCUUCUGAAUUAAUAUCAAUACAAACUGAUGAACAAGCAGCUAAAGUAUACAGGAUUAUUAGAAAUUACCGUGUAUAUUUAUCUAUUAGUAUUUUACUAAUUGCAAUAUUAUUAUCUCAUAUUGCAAGGAGUUGUACUCAAUAUGUGGAGUUAUUUUGUGGUUAUAUAGAUGCUUUUACUGCAGCUAUAUAUCCAGUUUUUGUAUACUAUAUAUUAUGGUAUAAUAGUAAAUCAUUUAUUAUAAACUUCAUCAUCAUUUCAUUCAGUAUGUUAUCUGUAAUAGGACCUUCAUUAUCUUCAAUAUUUGCUACAUAUGAACUUUUUUUGUAA